AUGAAUGCUAGCCUGAAUCUUGCGCCAAAGAGAAACCGAGAAAGUACGUCCAGAGUUCGAACUGGAUGCAGCACUUGUAAAGCUCGUCGAGUGAAAUGCGAUGAAGCAAAACCUAUCUGUCGACGUUGCACCACUGGAGGCCGAGAAUGCGAGUAUAGCACCGCACGUACAGCACCACCACGAAACGUGGUCACGGUAUAUCUGCCUCCUGCGCAAAGUCAACCGGUAUUCUUCGUAAAUGAUCGCGGCCUCGAAUUCUUCCACCAGAAACUUGCUGCGAAGUUGGAUGGUCAAUUCACCUCACAGUUCUGGAGCAAGCUUGUUUUACAACUAUCACACUCCGAACGAUCAAUUCGACAUGCCAUAUCAGCCAUCAGCAUUAUUUAUCAAGAUGUCGAAUCGUCUUUACGGCACCCGGCAGGCUAUGUUAAUGCCAAUCCUGAGGCUCAAAAAGAGUGGAACAAAGCAAUGAAGAGCCUAUCAGCGCGAAUUCAAGCACAUCCCAACUCGAACUUGGUACCCUUGACCUGCUGCCUUAUGUUCACGUGUAUCGAGCUCCUUAAAGGAAAUGUUGAAUCUUCUAUGCUUCACGUUCUGAGUGGGUUCAAAAUUCUAGCUGCGCUCCGUCCCAGCAGCGACGCAGCCCAGGGUCCAGGGUCCAACCUCUCGUCCAACGAUCUUAAAGCCAUCGAAGAUCAUAUCAUUCCGAUAUUUUCACGCCUGAAUGUUCUUUGUUCUCUCGCUGGCAGAAUGACUCCGCCAAUUUACGCCCCUACAACUAAAGAGGAUUUUCCCCAGGAAGACCUUGCUCAUUCUAGACAACGGCUCAUCGAAAUCUUAGAUACCUGCAUCCGAUUCAUUGGCAAAGUCAGUAUCAAAGCAGCUAUGUUUCAAAUCGACGUCGACGAGUUCAUUGAACAGAUUAAACAUCAGACAAGGCUAAACACAUGGCGCGACCGGCUAGAUGAACUUCUCGAACGAAUGCAGGCUGCCGGAAAGCCGGCGAAAGAAGACGCACUCAAUCUACUUUUGGUACAUUACAAAGUCGUUUACAUCUGGAUACGAGUCUGCACCGCAGCUGGGGAAAUGGCCACAGACUCUUACCACGCUGACUUUGAAGAGCUUGUGCGUUACGCGGAACAGGUUGUCAAGCCGGGUGUGGGAAUGGCGACACCACAAAUGCUGUCAUUCGACAUUCAAAUCCUAGGGCCCCUAUAUUAUACCGCGCUGAAAUGCCGUCAUCCCGCAACACGGAGACGUGCCCUGGAAUUGCUGCAAUUGGCGCCUCGACGGGAAGGGCUCUGGAAUGCACAUCACGCAUACGUAACUGCCAAGCGAGUGAUUGAGCUGGAAGAAAGACAUCUCAAUGGCCAGGACUUGCCAGACGAGACUUCGAGACUGUAUGGUCUCGUCUUGCCCGAUGAUGGGUCACGGAUCUACAACCUGAGCGAGAUGCCUUUUGACAUUCGGAAGUUUGGCUACAGCAUCGUGCCCAGCCCGGCUUAUCCAGGCAUGGUUGAAGCUGUAUUCCACACAAAGCCGUGGGGGCCAUUGGGAGAGUGGCAUACAAUCACGGAGUAUAUCGAGCUAUGA